AUGAAUCUUGUAAUUGCUUUGGACUGUGAGAUGGUGGGGUCGGGCAACAGGAGUAUUCUGGCCAAGGUGUCAGUAGUGGACGAAGAUGGCAGAGUUUUGUUAAACUGUUUCGUUGAACCGACGGACACCGUCACUGACUACAGGAGUAGCGUGCACGGGAUCACCGCGCGUGAUCUGGAAGACGGGGAGUCUUUCGACACCGUACAAAGAUAUGUUGCCGAGUGGUUGAAGGGUAGAAUCCUGGUGGGCCACAGUUUGGACUUUGAUCUUGGAGUCCUGAAUUUGUCUCAUCCGGACCGUAACAAAAGAGAUUUCGCCAAACAUCCCAUGUUUAUGAAGAAUGGUCAGCCCCGGUCUCUGAAGGACCUCGCUCGUGAGCACCUAAACAAGAAUAUUCAGGAGGGUCAUCAUGAUUCUUUGGAAGAUGCUAGGACCUGCAUGGAGCUGUUCAAGAAAUUUGACAGACACUGGUAG